GAAGUGCGUGAGUGAGAGGAAACUCGUGAACUGAAGAAGAAGACGAGGACGAAGAGUUGUUUGUUCACACGAAUGUGGUGUUCAGAUUGGGGAGGAGAAAGCCAUGGCUCUUUUCUCGAUUUCGAUUUUGAGAACUACAAGGAUCAUUAUAAAGUUCUUGAGCUGAACAGCGAGGCCACUGAUGAUGAGAUUCGCUCUAACUUCAUCCGCCUUGCACUGAAGUGGCAUCCGGAUAAACUUAAAGAAGAGGAUUCUGCUACGUCUAGGUUUCAAGAAAUCAACGAGGCUUAUCAAGUGUUGAGCGACCCAUUUACAAGGCAGGAGUACGACAAGAGAAGGAUGCGUCGUGUCUAUGAGCACAACAUGGAGCUAUUUGACCGAUACAAGGAGCUCAUCUUUACUUGCAAUGGCCUUGGGAUGAAGAAUUUUCUUUGGUGAUUUGCACAACUUUUAAGGUUAGGUGAUAAAUGUAUAGACUUUGUAUGAUGAGUUAGAGACAUAUCAAGCCUUUGUAGCAAGUAGUAUUGAUUAUAGUCUGAACAUUAAUCAAGUUUUAGUUUCUCUGCUUCCACAAGC